CACACACACAGGGGAGAUACACACACACACACACACACACACACACACACAAGCACCGAGGAAUUAUUCAAACGGGGCCUGGCGCCCCCUGCCCGCUCCCCAUCGAUCGCAGCGCGGGUCCCCAUCGGCGGCAGCCUGCGGCCCGGCCCCUGCGGGCGUCCCCUCCCGGCGGCCGCCGGCUCCCGGCGCGACCUCGCGGCGAGACGGAGGCCGAGGCCGGGGAGGGCGCCCCAUCCAGGGCCCCGCCCGCUUCCCGCCGCCGCCGCCGCCGCUUCGCUUUCGCUUUUCCCCGCGGCGCCGCCCGCCGAGUCCCGGGUUUCGCUUUCGACGCGCGGGGAGGGACCGGGAGCGCCCAUGGUCUUCGGCCGCCGCCCGCCCGCCCCACUGCUGCUCGCGCGCUUCUCGGGGCUGCGGCGCGGGGCCUGCGUUCGGGCCAUGGCGCCGCCGCGCUGCUUCGCGCUGGAGCUGCCCGGCUGCACCCUGGCUCACUUCGCAGUGGGCGACGAGGCCCCGGACGCGCGCCCCGACCCCGGCGUGGCCGCGCUCCUGGGCCCCCCGGGCCGCAGCUACUCUCUGAGCGUGCCGGAGGCCGGGGGCGCGGGCUGCGCGGCCCGGGUGCGCGCGGCCCGGCUGCACCAGCGCUUGCUGCACCAGCUGCGGCGCGGCCCCUUCCGGCGGUGCCAGCUGCGCCGGCUGCUGUGCUACCGCCCGGGCGGCGGGGCGGCGGGCCUGCAGCACGGCUUCCUGCUCCGCGACCCCCGCGACAGCCCCGACACCCGGAGCGCGCUGCUGGCGCUGCUGGACGCCUGCCCGGGGGCCCCGCGCCCGAGCCUGGCCGAGUUCUCCGGCGACCCGCUCUGCCGGCUGUGGCAGCUCCCGUGGGAACGGCGGGACGGCCAGGGGUGGCGGCAGCUGGGCCGCGAGCGCGUCGUGCCCGUGCCGGAGCCCGCGCUGCACCCGGUGGUGCCGGACCUGCCCAGCUCCGGGGUCUUCCCCCACCGGGAGGCCGCCCGCGCCGUUCUGGAGGCGUGUACAUCCUUCAUUCCUGAAGCCCGGGCUGUUCUGGACCUGGUUGACCAGUGCCCAGAGCAGGUCCAGAAGGGCAAGUUCCCCGUUAUUGUCAUUGAAGGCCUGGAUGCCACAGGUAAAACCACUGUGACCCAGUCAGUUUCAGAUUCACUCAAGGCUGUUCUCUUGAAGUCACCACCCUCUUGCAUCAGCCAGUGGAGGAAAGUCUUUGAUGAUGAACCAACUAUCAUUAGAAGAGCUUUUUACUCUUUGGGCAAUUAUAUCGUGGCUUCUGAAAUAGCUAAAGAAUCUACCAAAUCGCCUGUGAUUGUAGACAGGUACUGGCACAGCACGGCCACCUACACCAUAGCCACCGAGGUAAGUGGGGGCCUCCAGCACCUGCCCCCUGCCCAUCACCCUAUAUACCAGUGGCCCAGGGACCUGCUCAAACCCGACCUGGUCCUGCUGCUUACCGUGAGUCCCGAGGAGAGGAUGCAGAGGAUCGAGGGCCGGGGCAUGGAGAGGACCAAGGAGGAGGCUGAACUGGAGGCCAACAGCAUAUUUCGUCAAAAGGUAGAAGUGUCCUACCAGCGGAUGGAGAACCCUGGCUGCCACGUGGUUGAUGCCAGCCCUUCAAGAGAAAAGGUCCUCCAGAUGGUGUUAAGCGAGAUCCAAAAUAAUUGCAAUUAAUUGUAGUUCCUCUGGGCCAGGAGACACAUUUUACUAGAUUUGAUGUUGUUUGAUACAUCUAAGCCCACGACUGGUUAUGCAGUUUUCCCAGAUUUCAGCUGCAUGAGCUUUUCGUGUGGCAGAAGGUGGGACAUUUCGAUUUUACCUAAACCACUGUUCUCACUUCUGCCCGAUGGACCCAUCGGGACUGAGACGGGGCACAUUCCAGUGAGAGACGGUGAUCGCUUUCUGCCAAGUAUAACAAACGUUUUCUUGGAACAGAUUUUUAACUACACCCCUACCAAAUCCUUCCAAGGUGUGUCUCCCCUAGAAAGCAUGAGGUGGACAGAAGCAACCAGGAAGACCUUCCAGAUCAACAGAAGCUCCUCCAGCCUCUCCCACGCCUGCACUGCAGGCUCCCGGGUGAGAUCUUGAGGAUGUGCUCGGAGCUGGUUUCCUCCCAGUCCAGCCACACUCCGUCUUUGUGAGCUCAGCCCCGAUUCUUAGAGCCAACCACUCCCGAAGAACGUGUCCGUGUGUCCCGGCUGUCGGAAGACCCUCCCACAGACCCAUCUUGUGGGUGGGGGACACUGACCAAGAAGGCGUCUGACUUGUGUCUGAGGCUUACAGCCCCUGAGAGGCCAACCCAAGAUGCUCUGUAUACAAACACACCAACAGUCCUUGGAUUCUGUUCUGCUUAUUUACUUUCCUCUUCUUUCCUCUGAAAACAUGGCUUUGGAUAGAAUGAGUGUUUUACACUGAAGUAGAUGCAUUAAAGUUAGCGAAUCCAGCAACGUACUUAUACUGCUGUUUACGUCUUGUUUGUCCUCGGUGUAGGGGCUGUGCUUUACUAAUCAGAAUUGAAGCCAAGAAGCUGGACGCAAUGCUUGUUGUGUGUUUUCAUCAGACAGGUUUAAUUUAUCUUACUGAGGAAGCACAGUGGAUCCUGGAAUGGGAUUUCUCAGUGAAUUAUCUUGCACUUGAAUGUCUUAUGAUUACACAUGAAAUCAGCAUUGAGAUCUGUUUGGCUAGAAAAAAAAAGCUGAGAAAAGAGGAAACUUAAUAGUUAUGGGGCCUUGGAUGAGUCAUUUAACAUCAUGUAAUUUGAUCUAAAAAGUGAUGGCGAUUCUUCAUUUGUCUUAAGGAGUUGACUGAACCAGGUGAUUACUUAAAAUUCCUUCCAGUUCUAAGAUAGAUUGAAUCUGUGAAUUUAGGGAAAUGUCUCAAGAAGACAUUUCCCCAAAAUAAUUAAAUUUAUGGCAUUAACAGGUUUAUUACAUGGACUCUUAAAUUAUAAUAAAGUUUAUAUUAACUCUAUCAUAUUAUUUUUCAAAACAACUAUAGGUAGUUUAUACAUAAUGUAUGUACAUAUGUAAUUUCAGUUGAAAAUAUUUUUUAAAGCUGAUAAAUUGCAUUUGGGUUCUUUAAGAUGUGAUAUCUAAUUAUGCUAUUGGUGUUAUUCACUUUAAACAUUUUGAAAAGUUUAUGCUGGCAGCUUAGAAACACAAACGUUUAAUGCUUUCUUUAUGUCUCUUGCCAAUGAAUAAACUUGCUGUGAUUUUCU